CAUGUCGGACUCGUUCAAAAUCUGUACAACACGGCGCUUGCUUGUCGGUUUGCUUGCUUAUUUGCCCCAUCAACAUAUACCGCCUCGAUCUAUAAAUCCUGGGCAUCUGCUCUCUCCACGCAUCUUAUGCUACCCUUUCAUCAACAACAAAGAAAGAAAGGAAGGAAGGAAGAUAUGGAUUCUUCUCCCUUAUCGGUCAGAAUAACGCGCACCACACAC